UUUUCGAAUUUUGCUAUUGCCGAUGUUUGAACAAAGAAGCAUAUGCAAACUAAAAAACAGAAUUGCUUACAUGUAAAAUGAAGGAUCUAGCUUCCAUUGAUUUUAAAGACAACGUUCGAUUUGUUGUUAGAAGGUAUCUGAAGACAAUGGGUAUCAAAGUACCGAAGCAGAAGAGCGUUAAAAUUCAACCUUCGGAUGACAACAAAAGUGGUGUAUUUGGUGUUUGUUUGGAAAAGGUGCCAUCGGUUAACAUUGGAGAGGAUUUCUACUGCAGUGUGCCAAAAUUCUUGGUGGAUUGUGCAAAUUUCCUUCAGCAACAUCUAGAGACAGAGGGUCUCUUUAGAAAGUCUGGGUCUAUUCAAAGACAAAAGCUGCUCAAGCAGCAAAAAGCAGAAAAUGGAGAGGAAUUCAAGAAUGUUCAACCCCAUGAUGUUGCAAGUUUGGUGAAACAGUUUUUCAGGCAGCUUCCAGAACCACUUCUGACUGUUCUGCUUCACGACUGCUUCAUAAAGACUCAGCGUAUGGAAGAUCAUGGUGACCAGACUGAGGCAGUGCUGCUACUCUGUCUCUUGCUACCAAUUCCACAUCUCAGUACACUGCAGUUUACCAUGAGGUUUCUGGCCAAAGUAGCAUCAUGCUCGCAGCACAGUAAAAUGGGAACCUCAAACCUUGCCAUUGUUCUCACCCCUAACCUUAUACACAACACAAAGAAGGAAGGAAACAAUGCCUCAGAAAAGCAGCUUAAAGAGCAGACUGCUGUCAUUGAUAUCCUUCUGAAAAAUGCUGAUGACAUUGGCUUAGUAAAUGAGGACAUUUAUGAGCGAGCAAAAAUGAUUGGAGAUGAAAUUGUGGAUGGUCUAACAUCAUCUGGUGAUGAGCUUGAUGCAGACUUGAGGAGAGGCAAUAAGAGGCAAUCAAGAGCACGAACACGGACUGGCUCACUCUCAGGCUUUGUAUCUGGUCUGGGCCAAAGUCUAAGCAAGUUCAAAACCUCAUCCUCCAAAACACCAGUUCAUACUCACAGGCGCUCCAGAAGUGUGAAGGCAGAUUUAAUGAGAAACAAGGUGAAAUAUAAUCUUGACGACAAUGGUUUGGGCAAACAAGAUGACCUGGAACUGGAGAAUUUUGUGGUCCGUAACAGCCAAAGAAUGAGCCUGAGGUUGUACAACAAACGUCGGCCACUGGAUCAGAACGCCUCUUCAGCUUCCCCUGCAGUCAAAAGAAGAGUGAUGAUGACUGAUUUGACCAACGUUCAAGGUAUCAGCAAUCCUCGUCUUGUAUCAGCCUCCACCCAGAUGUUCACAACGCCUAUUAAACCACUGGCUCCUUUAAAACCACUUACUGAAAUGGUUAAACCUGGUCAUGGCCGGAUAUUGCUGUCAAAUGAAACAGAGCACAUCAAGGUUGUUGAUGCUAUGUCCUAUGUGCCCUCUCCAAGUGAGAGGUGUCAUGGAAGCAGUCACUGCAUUACGGCAUCACCAACUUUAAGCAGUGGUUCAACUCUGAUGUCACCAAAACAUCAUCACGACCAAGUGUUUGAAUCAGCAACAGCUGCAACUGAUGAGUUCAGAGUACUGGCUGGACCACGAAGAAGAGUCAGGAGACGACAUUCAUCAGGUGCAACAACUUGCUUCUCAUCCUCUCCACGUAACAGAUAUCAAGCCAGCUCUAAGAACUCUGUAAUGAGGGAAUUAGAGCAAGGCAAAACCAAACAGUCACACAGCCCCACCCUGCUGCCAAAUGAUGCAUUGGAAAUAAGUCAUAUUUCAGUUGCUGCUACUGUAGAACCAAUGAAUGUAGGCACUCCUUCAACUCGUGUUCUGUAUUCUGGAUCAGCUCUGCAAAAACAAAAUACCAACCUAACCCCUUGUAAAUUCCACCGUGCAACUCCCCCAAUGCCAGCAACCAACACAGAGCUUAGAGAGAUGCUGUCUCAGAAGAUUUAAUGCCACACUACCAAAGACAUCAAACUCAUUGAACAAAGCUAUCAUAUUGUAAUUUUGAUCAUUACUAAAACUUUUAGUUCUGAAAAGUAAUUUACUAUUGUGACAUUCACUAUAGAGGUAUGAAGCAAAGGGAAAUAUGCAGUUCUAGUGAAUGGAGCACCGACAGGUUUUAAACAUUGUUAAACUUGUUGGGUUCUGAAGUGAGUGAAGAUGUAAGAUUGUCACAAAUCAACAUUGCAUUUCAAAAGACCACUGUUGUAAGAAUCCUUAAGUUUAAUGCAACAGGCUUAAUAGGCUGUUUGAUCUGGCUUAGUCAGUGCAUAUUAUUGGAGAAAUGAUUUGUUGACCAGGUUGUGGCACAGCAUAGAACUUAAAUAAAUGAUACAAGACU